ACUGCUUUAUGUUCAUAUAUCCAUACAUUGCAGAAAUGUUCAUAUAAAAGAUAGAUAAUUCAAGAUGAUGUUGUGGGAAGUUGGAAAUUAAUUGAUGUUGCACCCAUCACUAAAAAUGCAGCUUCCUUCUACAAUUUCAUUGAUCAUCUUCUCAUGCCUUGUUUGGGGCAAUCAUGCUUCACCAAAGAGAUCAACUUACAUUAUCCACAUGGAUAAACCCUCCAUGCCCAAGGCAUUUUCCAGUCACCACUCUUGGUAUCAUUCCCUUGUCAAAUCCGCCUCAUCAGCAGCUCCAGACGGAGCUGCUGAUGAAUCGGGGGCGAAGCUCAUCUACACCUACGACCACGCCUUCCACGGGUUCAGCGCCGCGAUGUCGGCAGAAGAAGUCGAAGCCUUGAAGAACUCAGCCGGCUUCAUUUCCGCGCACAAAGACAAGAUCGCGGUCGCAGACACCACUCACUCCACCAAGUUCCUCGGCCUCACCAGCGCUUCCGGCCUCUGGCCGGUCUCAAACUACGGAAAAGACGUGAUAAUCGGCGUUAUCGACUCCGGCAUUUUGCCGGAGAGCCCGAGCUUCAGAGACGACGGAAUGACUGCGGUCCCCGCGAGGUGGAAGGGAGCUUGCGACGGCGGCGCGGGUUUCAAUUCGUCGCUUUGCAACAAGAAAAUCAUCGGAGCCAGAUACUUCAACCACGGAAUUCGAGCAGAGAAUCCAGAUCGGGAAUUCAUAGAUUCAGCAAGGGACGAAAACGCCCACGGCACCCACGUGGCGUCCAUUGCAGCCGGAAACUACGUGGACGGAGUUUCCUUCUUCGGCUACGCCCCUGGAACGGCCAGGGGCGUCGCCCCGCGAGCUUGGCUCGCGGUCUACAAGGUCAUCUUCUCCGGAGUCACGGCUUCCGACGUGCUGGCCGCAAUGGACCAGGCCGUGGCGGACGGAGUCGAUAUAAUCUCUAUUUCCAUCAGUAACUUUCCAGUAGAGCUCUAUGAGAAUCCGAUCUCAAUCGCUAGCUUCGGCGCCAGGGAAAAGGGAAUCAUAGUUUGUAUAUCAGCCGGAAACAGCGGGCCGAGUUUAUCCACCAUAGAAUCUGGGAUCCCGUGGGCUGUCGUGGUGGCCGCGUCCACUAUUGACCGUUGGUUCGCGGGUACCUUAACCCUCGGCAACGGCAAAACCAUCAUCGGAUGGACUCUGUUUCCGGCCAGAGCCCGUGUGAGAGACUUGCCACUCAUUUACAAUCACUCUCUAUAUUCCGAUUGCCGGUCCCAAGAUUUACUAGCUGAGGCGCCUUCUCCGGGAAUCAUAGUCUGCAAUAUCACCGAGUUCUUCAACUCGGUAGGACACCAGACGGGGAUCCGGCCAGCCGUCAUCGUCUCGCAAGACCUCACGAGAUUCGGACCCUUUUCGUAUCCGUAUCCCGAGAUCGUGAUAAGCCCAGCCCAAGCCCGCGACUUGAUCAAUUAUGCAACAAGCACUUCUCUCCCGACCGCAUCCAUCGAUUUCCAGCAAACGAUUUUAGGACGGGGGCCGAGAGCUGCUCCGUUGCUGUCGGAUUUUUCGUCUAGAGGGCCUUCGCUGAGCUACAAGCGCAUCCUGAAGCCCGACAUAAUGGCGCCGGGAGAGCUGAUUCUAGCAGCAUACAAUCCUCAGCUCCUAGCAGCCACUCUGCUUGGAAAUUUAGAUCUUUCUAGUGACUACGGCCUUCUGUCAGGGACAUCAAUGUCAUGCCCUCACAUAUCCGGGGUUGCGGCCCUUCUGAAGGCCGCGCACCCGGAUUGGAGCCCUGCGGCCAUACAGUCCGCGAUGAUGACAACUGCCAAUCAUCUGGAUAACACAAAUCAACCUAUCAGGGAGCAAGACACCCUGCUUGCCACUCCACUAGGUAUGGGGGCGGGUCACGUUGACCCGAACCGUGCUCUUGAUCCCGGGCUUGUUUAUGAUGCUUCUGUCCAGGACCUGGUGAAUUUGGUAUGUUCCAUGAACUUUACUGGCAACCAGACUCGGACCAUCAUAAGGUCAAGCUACAAAUGCUCGAAUCCGUCCUCUGACCUCAAUUAUCCGUCGUUUGUGGCUCAUGCUGAGGGAGGAACGACGGCGGCUUGGGAGUUUCAAAGAAGCGUGACGAAUGUUGGCGCGGGUGCAGCCAGGUAUAAGGCUACAGUGGAAGUCCCGGGAAAUGUGACAGCGAGAGUUCGGCCUCAAACGCUGGUGUUUGGCAAGAAAUACGAGACGAAGAGGUAUUCUCUUUCGAUUCGGUACAAGGGUGAUGAUCAACUAUUCGGAUCGGGUGCUCUGGUUUGGACCGACGAAACCGGCAAGUACAAAGUGAGAAGUCCGAUUGCCUUCAUUUCUUGAUGCCUAAUGGACGUCCAAAGCAAUAAAUUGUAGUAGUGGUGUUAGUAUUAUGUGGGUUCAUUCACUUUACUAUCAACAAGGACUCUUUUAUUGUUAUAUAUUUGAGAAAAUAAUAAAUAUUACUAUCAUAAACAAAGUUUCACUCA